AUGAGAGAGGAACCCUCCCCUGAAGCCCCCCCAAAGACAUCCUCCCCUGGCCUCUUCUUUCCUCCCUCCGACUCUGAAGGCGAAGACUCGAGUUACACCCCGGGACGAGCGACUGUCGCCCCCAAAGCCGCCAGGUCCUCCAAAAAAUCCACGAACACUCGACCUAAGCCCAUCAAACGUGGCUCCAGCUCUCAAAAUCAGUCAGACGUUGUGGAAAUCAGCGACGAUGACGAUGAUAUUGCCAUCGUGAAGGCGCCAUCAUCGAGCAGCGGGGCCGCGUCCCGCAAGAGAAGUCGACGAGGAUCACAAUCUCGAGACCAGAACCAUAUGCCAACUGCCGUGAUUCCCUCGGGGUUCAAGAGCGGCUUUCUCGGAGAGUUUGUGUGCGAAGGGUGGUCUCUGUCCAAGGGUCGAGGAUACUGUUCCUCUGGCACUAAAAUCAUUAUUGAGCGCAACAAACCCAAAGAUUCCAACGCCGCCGAGUCAAGCAAGAAACCCAAAGGUGGGGAAACGGAUACCGGGCGUGUGAGACUGGUGGGCGGGAAAGUUGUGGGCGGAAAAGCCAAGCCGAAGCAAACCACUUUGGCGUCCACUAUGAAUAAGAAGGCUGGCUUACCUAUUCGCGCCAAAGCUGCUACCGAUCAAAUAAUCCGCUUCAGAAACGAGCGGGGGUUUGAAGUCGGUCGCCUAUCAGUGACCGAAGCCAACUUCCUCACCCACCUCCUCGAUACCGGCAUCAUCAACCUCGGCGGCCAUGUGAUCGACUGCCCAGAGGUGCUCACCACUGGCUGCACCAUCUUGCUCGACAUAAAAGUCCAUCUGACCCGGAAAGCUUUCCAGAAUUCCAAUAGAUACGAGAGGACGGAACAGGGCACAUUUUGGAAGGACCGACAGGAGACCGUUGUGGAGGAGGCUAUGCGAUUCAGAAAGGAUUCUUUGGCAAAGUUAUUUGAGAGGAUCGGAGUCAAACCCAUACAGACCAACGCCUUGUCUAGAGUGCCUCAAAUAAACAGCGGCGGUGUCUCUGAUGAGCCCAAAGCGAAGAAAGUGAAGGCUAUCUCUGACGCCAAGGACAGCGGUAAGGGUCGGGAACGAGACACUGGCGAAGACAGCGGAGAUGAGGCGGAAGUGUUGGAUGACAAGCAGUUGAACGAGAUUGAUAACAUCUAUCGCAAAGCUCAACAGGGUGAUACUCGGCUUGACGAGAUGGACCCACCUGAGACCUUUCUGUAUACGCUUCGUCCGUAUCAGAAACAAGCUUUGACAUGGAUGAAUGCCAGGGAAAGAGGCGAUCAGAGUGUUCGGGAAGAAAGCCUUCAUCCACUUUGGGAAGAGUUACCCAUUGAAAUCUCAGACGACGAAGACGGACCCGAUCCGAGUCGCAAGUUCUACUGGAAUCCUUACAGCGGUGAAUUGGCCCUGCAAUUCCCGACUUCGAAGAAUCUCUCCCGAGGAGGUAUCUUGGCAGACGCUAUGGGAAUGGGGAAAACCUGUAUGAUGGCUUCUCUCCUACACACCAACCGGGAGACGGAAGACCUCGCGAAGGAGCAAGGCGCCGAGAAGCAAGAGGAAGAGGAGGUUGAGCCCGCCUCCAAAAGGACCAAGUUCAAGCAAGUCACGCUGUCCAACCAAUGGCGGGCGAUACCUUCGGUCCCGAAACCUUCGCCAAGAGCUCGCGCGACCCUUGUCGUGUGCCCCGUGUCGCUCGCGGCACAGUGGCAUGAAGAGCUCGGUAAGAUGUCGAAGGAAGGUUCCAUCAAUAGCUUCAUGUGGUAUGGCAAUGAUCGGACUGAUAUAGAGACGUUACUUUCCGGAGAAGGCAAGGAUCAAGUGGACGUUAUCGUCACGUCGUAUGGGACCGUCUCGAGCGAGUACCAACGGUGGGUCAAGAUGAAGGAGAGGACCAAUUACGAGGGUGGUAGCCUUUAUGAUCACGAGUUCCUUCGUAUCGUCCUUGACGAAGCCCACAACAUCAAGAACCGUACCGCAAUGGUUUCCAGGGCCUGCUACGAGCUUCAGGGGCAGAGGCGGUGGGCGCUCACCGGUACUCCAAUCGUCAACAGACUGGAAGAUCUCUACUCGCUACUACAUUUCCUUCGCAUCACGCCUUGGGGAGAGUACUCGUUCUUUAGGAGCUUUGUCACCGUUCCUUUCUUGAACCAGGACCCAAAGGCGCUCAACGUCGUUCAGUAUAUCCUCGAGACUUGCCUGCUUCGUCGUGAAAAGACUAUGCGAGAUAAGGAUGGACGGCUUAUCGUUGAUCUACCGCCUAAACACGUUGCGGUCAAAGUCCUCGAGUUUUCUCGGCCCGAGAGGCAGAUAUACAAAUUCCUCGAAGAGCGUGCCAAGAAAAAGAUCAUCGAACUCGACGCAGAUGGUCGUGCUUUGGCAAACUACACGUCCAUCCUGGCAAUGUUGAUGAAACUGCGUCAAUGUGUCGAUCAUCCUCUCUUGGUCCUUGGCAAGUCGGGAGAGGACAGCGAGCUGGCAGAACAGAUCCUUGAUUCGAGCUCGGCAGACUUGACCGACAGUCUGAGGAAUAUGAUUGCCGCGUAUGCCGGAGGCGCGCGAGCUGAAACUCCAGAAGACGUUGACCAAGCUUAUGCGGCCCAGGUGUUGAAGGAGCUGGGUGAACAGGAGGAGACACCGAUCUGCGAAUUGUGCUCUAACGAGAUGUUUGACGAGGUCUUGCUACCUUGUUACCAUCGGAGUUGCCAGGACUGUAUAGUUGAGUGGAUAGGCACAUGCGAGGACCAAGACAAGCCUGCCAACUGCCCUACAUGCGACAAGGGCCCGAUCAAACUCGCAGACCUCCGCUCAGUACAGCGGCGUCACAAGCGUGUCAAUCCCAUUACCGGCGCUCAUCCUGAUGAAGAUGAGAAAGCGUCGACUAGUGGUGCGACAGCUAUAUCGUUGGGGAAAGUGGAUCUUGUUGCCAGCACUAAGUUGAAAGCGCUGGCGCGCAGGCUUGCAGAAGUGAGACAGGAAGACCCGACUUACAAGGCCCUUGUCUUUUCCCAAUUUACCUCCUUCUUGGAUUUGAUCGAGACUACCCUCACAAAACAAGGUGUCAAAUGGCUACGGUUUGACGGUAGCAUGAGUCAAGCACAACGAGCUGGGACUGUCAUGGAAUUCGGCAAUAAGAGCGCCGAGCCUGUUGUCAUGCUCAUCUCUCUGAAGGCCGGAGGUGUGGGACUCAACCUGACAAUGGCUAACCAUGUAUUCAUGAUGGACACGUGGUGGAACGAGGCGACCGAGCAACAAGCCGUCGACCGUUGUCAUCGACUAGGCCAGACAAAGCCAGUCUAUGUCACGAGGUAUAUAAUCAAAGGCACGGUUGAAAAGCGCAUCAUGAAGAUUCAACGAUCCAAAACGGCAUUGGUCAAUGCCUCUCUCCGUGGGGACGCUGCCAAAAGCAAAGAAACUUCGUUGGCCGAUAUCAAGAAGAUAUUCGGUCUCCUGGACGCCGAAGAAGACAGCGAAGAGGAGAUAUACUAG